ACGCAGAUGACAGCUUCGUUACGACAACGCAACAGCAACGCUAUAUUUGUUUUAUAUUGUUGUUUGCAGCGAAUACCACCAAGCUAUAAGCAGGCGACAUGUGUGAUGCCCCAUCCGGCAAGCCGAGUUCGGCAUGCGACGGCCUCCCGUCAAGUAUAUUUGUUAGCGACGAUACUGAAGUACAUGACGUGCCUAUGUCUGUAAUCCGGAGACCACUCAUGUCAACGGUUGAAAGAGCUAAGGUGGAAGACUUCAAGCAAAAAAUAAAGUCCGGGGUGGCCCUAACACCCAUAGAGGUGGCCUGGGUGGAGCGGCCCGAUGGCUCCUACUACUUCUCAUUCGGCGGCUGCCACCGCUGGGCGGCUCACUCGGAGGUGUUCUCCGCCAGCUGGGCAGCACCACCAUCCCCGCGCGCCUCAUCCGCGUGUCUCCCGCCACCAUCAACACCUACCUGGGAGCCAGUAGCCCCUUCAGGAACCUGGGAUGAGGAAGCUGGGCUGGGAUGAAGAACAUGGGAGCAUUGUGUGCCCCGACCCUGCUGCGUACACAAUCGGAGGGCUGAUGAGCGGGAGGGCGGACAGCGCUGGGAGCAGGGGAGGGCCUGGGGCUGCUGGGUUGGGCGGCAGGUGCGGCACACGGCAUGCGAGUUGCAACUCGCAAGGGGAGUGUAAAGCUGGGCCCAAAUGGUAUCCUGCAUCUUCUCCAUACAUCUGCAGUUUGCAAGCGUGAACAGUGUGUCCGUAUGAUCCAUGGGGGGUAAAGGACACUAUAAUAAAUAUAUUUAGGCG